GAAGGAACCACUGCGGCCGUGCACAAGAGGCUGUGUUGGCUUUGUGGAUGCUAGGGUGCCGGUGUAAGUGCAGGGCAGAUUGGACUGAUUGUGAGGAGUGAAGGGGGACAGGAUUGACCAGAAGCUUCUUCCUGUGUCCGUGGACACUUUGUCCUUGCGUGGAGGCUCCUUGAUAUGCUAUGUUUUUGUACUCAUUCUUCGAGCAUUUGCCUGCAAAGAGUGGCUCAAGUCUUCCUAGCCGUCGCCUCCACGGGCGCCCCAAGAGAGGCCAAGAUGGUGAAGGUUGUGAAGAAACCAGCCAUGAAGAAAACCAUCAAAACCAUGAAGAAGGCACCCUCAAAGACCAGCUCCACUGGGGUCGGAGGUUUCAAAAUCCGGAUUGGCAUCGUGCACGGAAAGGUCUUCGACCCUAUUCGCCAGGGAACACAAGAUCGGAAUUAUCCGGAGCACCUGAAGAUCAAGAACAACACAGGUCCCAAUGCGGAUGGUUGGGGUGGUCAAUUCAUGGCAGAUGUGUCGACCGGCCUGAAAAUUAUGAGGUUGCAUCCCGACAUCUUCCAUGUGGACUUCAUGACUAUGGAGCAGAUGACCGAGAAGCGACUGGCCAAGAAUCACAUCACCUUCAACUUCUGGGGUGACAUGAGCAUUGCCUUGAUGAACGGAAAGCCGACACUUGCCAAGAGGAUCCAAAAGAUCCAAAAGAAUGCAAACACUCGACACCAUCCUGUUUGGGACUACUACGAAUGGAUCAUGCACAAGUCGCGGUACAUGAAGCAAUGCACCAAGAAAGGCAUUCCGAUGAUCGACACGAUUCAUGUGGAGAACGGCUUCAAAGCUCGGGAGGUCUUGAAGAAGAUCGUGGCUAAAGGCUGGGAGAAGUUUUUUGUGAAGCCAGCAUACAUGAGCUUCUUCGGUGCUGGAGUGAUCAAUGGCAAGACACAGGAUUUCCUGGACAACAUUGAACCACUGCUGCAGUAUGAGGCAGAGAAUAAGCAGCAGAAGGAGUUCCUGGUCCAGCCAUAUGUGCUGAAACCCAAUGGCAAUGUGUUUGAUGAGAUUCGCAAUUUCUUCAUUGGCGGCGAGUGGGCCUACUCUGUCUACACCGACGGUGUAGACUACGAGGGCUUUUGGGAACAGCCUGAGGGCAAGCUGAAAGAGGCUUGUAAGAAGUUGGCCAUUCGCACCAUGGAAGAGGUGAAGAAGGUGCACAAGUGGGAAGGCAAGCCUUUGCCCUCCUUACUGAAUCGCAUUGACAUUGGAGUGGUGCCGGACAAGAGUAAGAAGGAGGGCUGGCGAAUCUUUGUGAAUGAGAUUGAGCCGCAGAUGACCACCUGGCUGGGCAGAUAUUGCCCCUUCGUGGUUCAAGACCGGAUUGCCUCGGUGGCCGUGCAGCAGAUCCGUGAGAUGCUCAAGCGCAGCCUGGCGGCGAAGCGCAAGAUGCCGUCGCCGGAGAAGGUGCGAAAGCUCUUGGCCAUCUUGGAUGAACGGCUGAAGGCCUAGAUCUUAGGCUGACAGACGGCUGACAGACAUAGACGACAUAGGCCUAGGCCCCUCCGAUGUGGAUCAUGGUGCUUAAAGCCACCAAAACUCAGGCUGGGGACAUCUGAAAAUUUCAGGGAGAAAGCCCUGGGAACUGUUGGGCACAGCCACCGCGCAAGUCCCGCAGCCUGCAGCGCUUGCGCUUGCCUUCGCCCCCCAGUCGUUGCGGGACUGGGGCAGCCAGAGCUCAGCUCUGGGGUGAGUUGGGCUCAGCCUUAGGCAAGUCUGCGCUUCAAGCAGCUGGUGUUUCCAAGAGAAAAA